AUGGUUCCAAAUAGAAGUACUAGGAGACUGUCAUUGGACAUGUUCCAAAAGACAGGAGCAUCUUCAUCAGAGAGGGGCAUAUUCAGGUACAUGGAUUUAAGGUUUCCAACUCAUCAAAGUACUGAUGACGUCACCAAUGAGGUUGAAUGCGCGUGUUGUGGGCUGUCGGAGGAUUGCACCGGGCCCUACAUUCGGAGCAUAAGGGCCCGUUUCUACGGAAAAUGGGUUUGCGGGUUAUGCUCGGAAGCGAUCAGUGAAGAGUCGUACAAGCUUGGAGGUAUACAAAAUAUCGUCCGAGAAGAAGCUCUACAAGCUCACAUGAAUGUUUGUAGAGCUUUCAAUCAGACGGUCAGAGUUAAUCCUGCUAUGUCUCUUGCAUACGCUAUGACCCGGAUUCUGAGAACCGGGUCGCAGAAAAAUAGUGGUUGAUAUUUAUUUUUAAAUUAUACAAGUAAACUAAAAAAAACAAUUGUCACUAAUGGGGUGUCACUAAUUCUAUAUACUGACAAUAAAACAGGAUUCAG